CAAGGAAUUGGGUUGUGUGUUGGUGCUUCCAUUUUCCCGAAUUUCUCAAUCAAAUCCGAAAUGUUUUGGAAAUUCCAAAAUGCAACAGAUAAUUCGAAGAUCUUCUGAUUCUUACAGAACACAGCGCUUUCUGCUCUGUGUUGUCAAGGACGAAAACUAAAUAUGGCGAAGAACAGCUCUCCAAAAGUUCAGGUUCUGUACGACCUCUGCAAAAAGACUUUUACGCCAUCUGGGACGCCUCCUCCAUCGCCACAAGCCAUCCAGAAGCUCUGCUCUCUUUUGGACGCAUUUGGCCCCAAUGAUGUUGGGCUUAAAGAGGAAAGUUCGGAUGAUGAUCGAGGGCAUGGUUUUUUUGGACUUAAUCAACUGAAUAGAGUGGUUCGAUGGGCUCAACCAAUAACAUAUGUGGAUAUAUAUGAAUGUGAUAGUUUUACGAUGUGCAUAUUCUGCUUUCCUACUUCAUCAGUUAUUCCACUCCACGACCAUCCUGGAAUGACUGUCUUUAGCAAAGUUCUUUAUGGCUCUAUGCAUGUAAAAGCCUAUGACUGGGUUGAACCUGAAAUUAUCCAUGAUAGCAAGGGCCCUACAGAAAAUUCUUAAUCUGAACUCUAAUUGACCUUCAGAAUCUGGGCUAGAAUUUUACAUAUUAUAAGCUUAAGUAUUAUGGGAUGUAACACCACAGUUUUACCAUAGUUUCCAAUUGCAAUAAUCGGUUCUCAGUAAUUCAGUUGAAUUCUUGUGACAUUAUGUAGUUCAUGUUCCUUUGUUGAUUAUUGCUAUGAUUCUAUAGAUGAUAUAAAACUCAAUGAGCUUGCAUGAUCAUGCUGACCUCAUCAGCAUGGAAUAAGACUUUGCUUCUCUAGUCUAUCUGUCUAGUUCACAAUCAUCAAACCCCAUUUCAUUGUUUUAUCUCUUAUGUUUUCUGAAUUUGAAAAGGAACCUGCGGUUUUGUGCAUGUUGGUUAACCAAAGUUUCUUGCAUGAAUUGUCACCAUGCCUAUUUGAAAUUGAAGAUAUUGUAUCGUAACAGUCAAUGGCUGGGUCAAUUAUAAAUUAUCUAUGCUUCCCAAUUUUGAGGGUCAGCAGGUGAAGUUAAUGCAGAAUUUUCUCUUGACAUGGCAGCAAGACUCGCAAAAUUGGCAGCUGAUAAAGUGUUAACAGCACCAUGUGGACCAUCAAUUUUGUACCCAAAGAGUGGAGGAAAUUUGCAUUGUUUCACUGCAGUCUCCCCCUGUGCUGUGCUUGACAUUCUUACACCUCCUUACCGAGAAAAUUUGGGUAGAAAAUGUACUUACUACAUGGAUUAUCCAUUCUCCACCUUUGGAAACAAAGCUCAAAUAAGCGAAGGAGAAGAGGAGUAUGCAUGGCUUGCUGAGAUAGGAACACCAAAUGAUCUAUACAUGCGCUCCGGAUUCUAUGCUGGGCCAGCUAUUCACAUAUAGCUUCAUGGUAAGUAAUAGAUUUCGGUACAUUAGCCAUGUUGCUCAUUCCUUCAGCCAGAGCAAUGGGUUUCUGAUGAUGUUUUGUGGAAAUUAUCUGUGACAGCAUUACCACACGAAACAAAAGUUUAAAUGCCACUAGAACUUUCUAGAUGAUUUUUCUGCUUUGAUCAACAGAUACACGUUGAGUUGUGUGGGGAAUUGAAUAGCAAUAGGUUCAUUAGUCAUCAUCACCGUCAUUAAAUUACAUGCUCUUGUAAAGUGAUUUAAUACCUUGCACUUAUUGCUAGUGAUUGGGCUAGAUACUUGAAUAAGAUGACCUGACAAAA